UUUUGACACACGCCCACUCCAACUCAGACAUCCACACUUGUCUGUCCAGGCUGUCCAAAGAUGACGCUCGCCUAACUGAACCCGAACGAACUUUGAAUGGACGCUCAGCAUGGAACUUUGCCAUGCUCUUUUCACAUAGAUGCCUCCGUCCUUCUGUGACGUUGAUGGACUUUGAUUCAAUAACUAACCUCAAGUGUGUACUGUCUUUUCACAUGCUGCAUGUGUACUUUUAAAGUUAUCCACAGCUUCAGUAGGUAAAGAAAUUAACAGUACAUGAUGACAAACUUUGAUGAGCUUCUACAGCACGCUGGGGACUUUGGACCCUUCCAGAAAAGAAUAGCUUUUUUAGGAUCUUUACCUGUUUCAUUGUUCGCAUUCGUUCUCGUUGGAGUCGUGUUCCUUGGAAAUACACCAGAUCACUGGUGUAAAAUUGCAGGUGCUGCUCAUGUGCAAGAGGAUUGUGGUGUCUCUGUGGAGGAGGUGUGGAACCUCACUGUUCCUCAUGCUGGUCCACAUGGCUCUCACAGUAGAUGUGCUAAGUUUGAUAUGGACUGGAACUUUAGUGCAAUCAGCUGCAGUGACCUGAUUCACUGGUCCAUACCCACUAAUACCACACCAGUCUCUUCUUGUGAUGAGGGAUGGAUGUUUGAUCUGACUUGGACUACUGUUGUAACAGAGUUUGUAUUGGUCUGUGAGCAGUCCUGGCUCGCUGACCUGAACCAGGCAUCUUUAGCUGCAGGGUUUUUCACAGGAGCCUUUGUUUCCGGAUAUGUAGCUGACAGGUUUGGAAGGAAGUUAUGUUUCAUUGGCUCAAUUCUUGGCCUUGGAGUGUCAGGGAUGUGCAUUAUCAUUUCACCUUAUUACCCCUUGUUCCUAGUCUUCAGAUGUUUGCAGGGUUUUUUUGCAAAAGGAGCAUGGACAACCACUUAUGUGCUGGUUAUUGAAUUCUUCGGAUCAAACAACAGGAAAUUUGUUUCUGUCAUGUCCCGUACCCUGUACUCCACUGGUAUGGUUUUCAUUCCUGGUCUAGCUUAUUACAUUCAUUCUUGGAAAAACCUGCAACUGACCAUGACACUCCCGAUCUUUAUCUUUCUGGUUUAUUACUGGGUUAUGCCUGAAUCUCCCAGAUGGCUGCUGUCACAAGGGAAGACAAGGGAGGCUAUGAGCAUUGUUGAGAACGUUGCCAAGUGCAAUAAGAGAUCAAUGCCUGCAGAUUUACAGGAGAUGGAUGUUUUGGUGGGACAGCAAGAAAUUGUUCCUCCUUCAUUUAAAGAUUUGUUCAGAACACCAAAAAUGAGAAAACACACCAUCAUCUUAAUUUAUGCAUGGUUUACAAGCACUGUGGUAUUCCAGGGUUUAUUACUCCGUCUGGGGAUCACAGGGGAUAAUGUCUUUUUGGAUUUCUUCAUCUCAGCUGUGGUUGAACUGCCUACUGGACUUAUAUUUUACCUCUUGGUGGACAGAGUAGGCAGACGUCCACUUUUAGCAGCUGCAAACUUAAUUGCGGGAGUUGCUUGCUUGAUUGUCCCUUUUAUUACACAGAACCUCUCCUGGCUGAGGAGAUCCAUUGCAAUAAUAGGAAGGCUGGCUGUUGCCAUUGGGUUUGAAACAGUGAAUUUUACCAACUCAGAGCUGUAUCCCACUCCCUUAAGAAACUUGGGUGUGUCUGUCUGCUCAUCUGCCAGUGAUAUUGGAGCAGUUGCAGCACCGUUUCUUCUCUACAGAUUAGCUAGUGUAUGGCAGGAGCUUCCCCUCUUACUGUAUGGUGUCAUGUCUCUUGUAUAUAGUGGUCUGGUAAUGAUGUUGCCAGAAAUGAAAGGUGUUGAUCUGCCAGAGACCAUAGAUGAUGUGGAGAACAGAGGGAAGAAAGAUGUGCAAAAGGUUGGAAAGCCUAACAACAUUAUAUGACCCUGGUGAUGAUGUACAUGAAUCUCUGAAAGCUGGCACUACAAGAGCCAACCAGCAAUUAUAUCAUUGCUGUUUUAAACAAUAAAUGUAGCCUAACGACCUAUGAUGGAUUCCAGAGAACCGUGCAUUUAAGUAAGUCUUGAUUAUACAUAAAAGUACAAGAGGAGCUGCAAAUACACUUUUGAAUAUCAUAUU